AUGGAUGUCGCAGGAUUACUUCCGCUUGGGGCACCGCCUAUCAAUAACGCAUGCUUGCCAACACUAUUCAACAAACUAGAUGCAAACGUAAAGGAAAGGAACCGCGUCAGAAACUCAUUUCUCGAGCAUAAAAUGCGCUUUCAACAGAAAAUAAUAGACAAGUAUCAUUUCCAGGCGAUGCGACACUAUAUCAGAGAAAAGGAAAAGAUUGGAAAAGACAUGAGAAAGAUAAUACAGAGAACCCCAAAUCUAGAGGACAUACCUUAUUUGGAGGCAAACAAUCCGGUCGGAAAUUUCCACAAGAAGGAUUCUUAUGGUUUACCAUACAAAGGAUAUUGUACUGAGCCAAAAGAAUUCAAUUCAGUUCAAACGACAACAGAAUCAAAACCGUUUUGUGUCCGAUAUUUUUGCCAUCAUUUCCCGAAGAAACCAAAAUUUAAACGUAACCGGAAGUUGCCCCCGUUACAAUCGGUUGAUGAUAACUUCCGGUAUCCGGCUACAAACGGAUUAUUGUUAUCUCAACGAUUUAGUGCUAGUGAUCAUUUUCUGGCUUCUGGUAACACACGUCACAGCCAACUAAAUUCUAUAUCGUCACUGGAAUCACAGAUACCAACCAUUGAAGUAGAGGACGACGCCAUGACCAUAUAG